GUUUGAGUGUUACGCCCAUUACGGAUAUUACCCGAGAAAUCGAAUCGAAGAAAGAGUUGGCAGGUGGCAAGCAGCUGCCCUACUGCCCACGCAUUUCACUCUCUCCAUCUCAUCUCCCCUCAACCUCACCUGCAUCCACCUCUCACUCACCAACAUCUACUAAUAAUACCAGGUAGUCACUGAUAGGUAAUAUACUGUCACCCCCACACACAUACCAUGCCUCCCCUCCCUCACCCGGCCCUGCCGCGGCUCAUAACGUACUACCAAACGCACCACACCCCCUCGGGCAAACCCAUCUCGGUGCUCCCGCUCCUCCAGCAGCCGGGCAUCGCCCUAACCCACCUCAUCCUCGCCGCCAUCCACAUCAACGAAGACCCCCUCGCACUCACCCUCAACGAUCACGCCCCCUCACACCCGCGCUUCACCACCCUCUGGGCCGAGCUGCGCAUCCUGCAGGCCGCGGGAAUCAAGGUCCUCGGCAUGGUAGGAGGCGCCGCCCAGGGGACCUUCACCCGUCUCGACACGGAAGACGAGCCGACCUUCGAGCGGUACUACACGCCCCUGCGCGACCUGAUCCGCGCGCACUCGCUCGACGGCGUCGACCUCGACGUGGAGGAGCCCAUGUCGCUGGCGGGCAUCAUCCGGCUGAUCGACCGACUGCGCACCGACUUCGGCCGGGACUUCCUCGUCACGCUGGCGCCCGUGGCCGCGGCGCUGCUCAGCGCCCAGCAUAACCUGAGCGGCUUCGACUACGAGGCUCUGGAGGUGAUGCGCGGCAGCGAGAUUGCCUGGUACCACGCCCAGUUCUACUGCGGCUGGGGCGACUGUAGCAACCCGGCCAUGUACGAGAUGCUGCUGGCCAAAGGGUGGCCGUCCGAGAGGAUCGUCGUCGGCCUGGUGACCAACCCGGCCAACGGCGCCGGGUGGGUGCCGUGGAACAUGCUGGGCAGUGUGGUGCCGCUGCUGGUCGGGAGGCAUCCCCGGUUUGGAGGGGUGAUGGGGUGGGAGUAUUUCAACAGUCUGCCGGGCGGGGAGGAGCGGCCGUGGGAAUGGGCGCGGGCCAUGACGGCGCUGUUGAGGGGGAGCAGGACGGUGCCACUGUCCGGCGGCGGUGUGGAGGCGGUAGACGCGGGGAAGGAGGCAGGGCCGAUGAUACCUUGGUCUUCCGGGGAGGAGGUAGAUCCGGACGCGGCCGGAACGGGGGAUGAGGUACCUGUGCCUGGAGAAUUCGAGUAUCACUCGGCUGACGAUUCGGAGUACAACGAGCAAUAGAGGGCCGUUCAGCCUUCGCCCCAGUUCUCAUCGAGGGAGGGCAUCCUUCUGCUACUCGGAUGACAUGUUUUGGUUGGCCGCUCAGAUGACGUAAAACAGAUACGGCACCUGUUCCCCAUACCCGCGCCACGCCUCGCCGUACAUCACUUCUCGCCGCAGCAGCUGACAUCAUAACAUUAGCGCGGAUGCUGACGAUGACAGGUAUCAUUGCCGAGUCUCGCAACUCGCAUUUCGGGACUGGACACUCGCUGUGAGCCGGCAAGUUCGAGAAUCAGUAUCACUCGGCCGACGAGUGCAACGACGUAUAGACGCCAUUUUGCUUCAUCGACUAUUCCAUGUCUGGUAGCAUCCGCGAGCAUGCUAACGGUGAUGGUACCAUUGGCAAAUCUUAUAACUCUCCAUCUCGGGAUUG